UCCGGGACUCGGUCUGGCGUCUCGUGCUGGUUGUACCGCGCACCGUCCACCAUCCGUGGCGCAGCAGCCCGGUCCGCGCGUCGGGAGUGGUGGGGUCCAGCCCGCUCUGGAGAUUCCGGUGUGUCUGGGUUUCAGCCGCCCAAAACGGUGGCCACCCGUAACAGACUCGUCCGUGGGCUGCCAGCGAGUUUGGGUGCGUGCCCUGCCCUUUUGUGACGUGUCCAAGUGAACAGCAAAAACCACUAAAAACACCAACAACAAGCUGUUUGCUGGUGAAUCGCCCGCCUGUCUCUUUGUGGAAGUAACACAAGGCAAAGUCUAGAAUGACCAGACUUGGUACCGCAUCAGUGACGGCAAGCUCUUGAGCAACCGGUUUGUGGAAUAGAAGUCGGCCGUCGGCAGCUAGGAACUGGAACCGGACCUGAACUUUUGUCAAUUUUUGUCAAACACACUUCUCGGGCGAGCGGUGUCAAUAAAAGGGCCCAUAGCGUAGACCGGGGCGUACCUCAUACACGGAACUGGACUUUUCGCCCCUCGAUGGGAGAAUAUGGCACACUGGCCUCGAACACCGUCACCUGCAACGGCACAGCAAGCAGCAGCGGCAACACCAGCAACCGCAACAGCACGUCCUCGCCCACGUCAAUUCUGAUGCCGAUGGCUAUGUCAGUGGCAGCAGCGCCUUGCAGCACGGUUCCAGCAAUGUCGGUAACUGCCACAGUUAAGCCAACCUUGUCCUCUUCAUCCGCGCCCGGAGCGCCCCCAGCAUCGUCCUCCGUGUCUCCAGCGGCGGUCUCCGCCAGCGGCAGCAACGCGUCGUGCGCCCAUAUCCUAGCCUCGGCGUCCUCGUCGUCCGUCGAAUCUGACAGCUACCAUCACAGUUUCUACCACAGCGGCAGCAAGGCCGGUGGACCGACUGGCGCCAGUGCGCUACCAGCGCCCACCGGCAACGCCCAUCACAACGGAAAGGGCGGCGGACGGUCCGCGGCGGCAGCCAUGGUGGGACACGAUGCACGCCCGUCGGUCGUCAGCAAUGGAUCCGCGGUGUCCGGUGGCAGCGGCAACGGUUCCACCGGUGGUGCGCCCGGUGGCACCGGCGGCGGCAGCGGCGGCAGCAGCAGUACGCGCGUCAAGUGUAAGGACCCGAUACGCGUUGGUUUCUAUGAAAUCGAGAAAACGAUCGGCAAGGGCAACUUUGCCGUGGUUAAGCUGGCACGUCAUCGAAUUACGAAAAAUGAGGUAGCCAUUAAAAUUAUCGAUAAGUCUCAGCUCGAUCCGGGCAACUUGCAGAAGGUGUACCGCGAGGUCGAGAUUAUGAAACGCUUAGAUCACCCGCACGUAAUAAAACUCUACCAGGUUAUGGAGACGCAGAGCAUGAUCUACAUAGUCUCGGAAUAUGCUAGUCAAGGAGAAAUUUUCGAUUAUAUUGCAAAGUACGGGCGACUUAACGAGCGUGCCGCUAGGAAUAAGUUUUGGCAGAUCCUUUCCGCCGUAGAAUAUUGUCACAAUAAGGGAAUAGUACACAGAGAUCUUAAGGCUGAGAAUUUACUGUUGGAUUCUAAGAUGGACAUCAAAAUAGCUGACUUUGGGUUUUCGAACUUCUACAAGAAGGGCGAACUGUUGGCCACCUGGUGCGGUUCCCCGCCGUACGCUGCGCCGGAAGUGUUCGAAGGGAAACGCUAUACCGGACCGGAGAUCGACAUUUGGUCGCUGGGUGUGGUGCUGUAUGUGCUGGUUUGUGGAGCGCUUCCAUUCGAUGGUUCUACCCUGCAGUCGCUCCGGGACCGUGUGCUGUCGGGGCGUUUCAGGAUUCCAUUUUUCAUGAGCUCAGACUGUGAGUCACUCAUCCGGAAGAUGCUGGUGCUCGAUCCUUCGCGAAGGUUUUCGAUCGAUCAAAUCAAGCGGCACCGCUGGAUGAUGGUGGAGCUGAUGGAUUCCCCGAAGAUCAGCAGUAUCGUGAUCAAUGGGAACACGAGUGACGUCAGUGCGCUCGAGACGGAACCGAACGAACAAAUACUGAAGAUCAUGCAGAACUUGGGCAUCGACAUUCUCAAGACGCGGGAAAGCUUGAAGCUCCACAGCUACGAUCACUACACGGCAUUUUAUCUACUGCUACUGGAAAGACUGAAGAGCCGUUCGGUUUCACACGACGGUGCCGGUGCCGGUUGCGUGGUGCCGGCUGCCGGUGUAAAAUCACCCGGAAUGCUCGAAUUCCAACGCCGACGGCCCAGUAACGUUGCCGAGCAGGCGAUGCGGAAGUUGGCCAUCAGCUCGCAGCACAAGGCCGAUCAGUCAAGUUCACCGAAGCAUCAGCAAAUAUCGCCCGCUCUGCACGCGGGUCUGAGCAACCAAAGUUCCGAGGCGUUGCACGGUCUCCUGAGCGGUGGCACGAGUGUUCCGCCGGUCGCCCUGCCCACCAUCGCGCCCGGCGUGAUCAUGCUGCGAGAUACGAGCAUCCGGGAGCAGCAGCCGGUCCUCAAGGAUAGCUCCUACUUCCGGGGCGUUUCGUACACGUCCAGUUCGGGGUUUGCGGACGCUUCGCUCUACCAGCUGGCCGCGCUCCGUGAGCGGGACUGCAGCUCCACCUACCUGACCGGCACCAGCGGGGCCGGGCUGCUGCCCCCGCCACUCUCCUCGAGUGUCGCCGGUGGUCGCGACAGUAGCGCGAUCGUACUGCGCGAGUCGGGCAUCCUUUCGAACCGCAUCUCCUCGACGCGGCUCCUGUCGAGCAACAUUGACAAACGCAUCCUGCAGCAAAGCACCGAAGACUGCCGACGGUUGCUGCAGCAGGCUCGCCCUGUGUCGAUGAGUGAGUCGAAUCGGUACGCGAAACCACCGAGCCACUCGCCAGUGAACAGCGAUCUCCACCAGCCGUCCCAAGCGGCACAAUCGGCGGUGUCGGCAGCACCGACGCCACCACCGCCACCAGCACCAUCGCAAUCGCAGCGUUACUCGGACCCGCUGAACGGGUUCAGCAAGGAGUACCUAUCAACCGCUGUAUCGGGCGCGUCAUCGACCGAAACCCCAUCGAUCAGUGUGCCACCGUUCAAGGACUACAUCAACAACAUUCAAACCUACUCGUACCUUCAGCACUACGAGCCGGGGUUGUCGGUGACGAGCGUGGGCCACCCGGCACCAUCAGCCGCGUCCAUCACGGCACAGUACAGCUCCAGCACCGACGAAGGCUGUGAGACGGAUCUGGGAGACGAGGAUGUGCAGCACUCGAUCGACAAGUCCAUCCAGCGGCUCAACUCGUUCGCCAGCUCCAGCUCGUCCAGUGGAGUCGUGACCAACAUCCACCCGAAGAGCCUGAGCCAAAACCUGAGCUGCGAUUCGUCGCGCAGCAAUUUUUCGACCUUCGAAAGCCUGGAUCUCAACCUGUCGGACUGUGCGGAGCUGGCCGGCAGUCUGCCGUCGUGCACGGCUACGACCGAGGCGUACGAGAGUGCCGCAAAAGAUGAAGCUACGUUUCGUGCGGUCACGAGCUCGGUGUGCAUCAACCAGCAGCAGUGCGUGUACGCCAUGUCGGACAAGGUGGCCAGCUCGUUUCUGAGAGCGAACACCGUCUACCAGGAUGUGCACAACGGUGACCAUCGCAGUAUUACCCGCUCGCCUGUCGACUUUCGUGAAGGACGCCGUGCCAGCGAUGGGCUCGUGACGCAGGGAUUGAUAAAUGCAGCCGACAAUCCUCUCAACUCGCCGGUGGCCUUCAACAGCCAGCGGUUGAACGAGACGUGCAAGGCGAAGGGUGUGCUCGAGCUGCACCUGCUGCAGAGGGAGGCGGCCCAGCUGAAGGUGAAGUACCAGGCGAACGUGCCGCAGGACGAGAUCAUUGUGCGCCAGAUGCAGCACAGCCAGUUCCGGGUGAACCCGCUCGAGAGUCUCAUUCUCAAGCCGCUGUCGUCGCACGGUAGCGGCUGUCUGGAGCAGUCCAAUGGCUCCGGCGGUGGUGGUGGUGGUGGCUACUACAACAAGGUGGCCGACUACGUGGGCCUUCCGCUGGGCGUUAAGGCAGCGGCGGUGGCAGCAGCGGCAGCAGCAGCGGCCGCAUCAGCUGGCGGUGCCGAGGCAGGCAAGCUCGAUCCGGAGCAGCUACUGCUGCGGGCGGGCGUCGUGACCCGCUCGGACCAGCUAGCGGCGGCUGCGGUUGCUGUUGCCGCUGCCCAGCAGCAGCAACAGCAGCUACAGCAGAAACCUCCACUACAGCAGCAGCUGAUGCAGCACCGGUUGCUGCAGCAGAAGCGGCAGAUCCUGCAGAAGCAGGGUGCUAUGGAAACCGGCCUCAGCCGCCGGCAAAUGCUGCGCCAGCACAGCUACAAGAUCGCACAGCAAACGCAAAUCCUGCCGCCGCUACCGUACGGCGAGACGGACGCGGACGGCUACCCGACCCUGCAGCCCGUCCGUGAAACGGCCAUCCUCGAAACGGAACCAUCGCCGAACCAUUACAACCACCUGCACCAGGCGCUGCAUCAGGAUCCGCUCGAGCUGUACGCCCAGCUACACACGCACCAACAGUUGCACCAUCAUCAUCAUCAUCAUCACCAUCAUCAGCAGCAACAGCAGUCCGGUGGGGGCACCUCUUCCGAUCGGACCCUCUGCUCGUGGAGUGCUUUGCCCAGCUCGAUGAAGACGUGCCAGAUCAGCGAAGGAACGACACCGUCGACCGACAGUCCCUGGAACGUGGCCGCACUCUACCACCAGAACCUGCAGCCCGGUCCCUCGCUGUAUCCGUCGCAGCACUGGUUACCGUCGCACUCGGCGUCGAUCCCUCACUCGAUGCAGCUCCCGCUGAGCGAGAGCCCCAUUCCGGAGCUAGCCGAGCAAAUGGAGUCCAUUUGAGAGGGGGACGAGCUCUUCGAGCCGGGUGCCCUGAUCCGAACCGAAGCCGGAGCCGAAUGAGUUAGUCCGUUGACCGGAACAAUCAGGGCGCGACCGAGUGGUCAUAUUGGUACGUGUAGCGUAAUCUGCGGUACAGUAAUAGAAGUAAACCCGUAGUCAAAAUGGCGGUACACCGAACGAAUGGUUUUGUACGUUAAGUCUAAGUUGCAGUUCCAUCAUGGGACACCGAAAACAUAGAGCAAUACGAUAACGGUUAUCUUGAAUCGUCCCGCAACGCGCCCUGCAUUGCGCGCACUCCGUACAACGAGCUAACUUUUUACUAAAGGCGGGACCUAGUGUAGUGAAGUAAGUCAAAGAGACUGGUCCAGGUCAAUUUGGGGGUAGGCUGUGUAAUGGAACUGUACGAUAACUUACGAACUCGCAACGUAACGUCAAUCACCGCCAGGAGGAGCCGACCGACCGAGGGGUAAGCCUCCGUUUCGUCACAUUACGAAUUACGCCGGAAGGAUCACCUUUGGCUCUACAUCCCACCCGCGGGAAAAGGCACUUAGGGAAUUUGUCGUAUGCAGUAAUGCCAUGUUUACUAGUCUCCACUACAAUUUGUUGAAUGGCGCAGAACUAAUUGAUCGAGAGUAUUGAGAGUAGAAAUAAAACCGAUAAACCGAUCAACGGAAUAGCACGGAAUUAAGUUAUUGAAGCAAAUCUGCGGCAUGGCAAGCUCAGGUUGAGCAAAAAGCAAUCAACGCUUGUGUUCAUCACCGACAAACUCCGGAGUCAAAUUAGAUAAUCCAAACAACACAAUACACGUUUGAUACAGAGAACGCAAGCAACAGGUUACCCAUUGUUGCAACUUGCUUUGCCACUUAUAGAAGUCACAGUUACGUUUGAACGAGUCGCAGACUCUUGGUUCUCAAUCUACACUAAACUAGGACUGCGCGCGAGGGCAAGGGCCCAAUCGGUUUGCUUGUUAGCGGAGUGAAAA